UAAACAAGUGCGUGACCAGUGACGAUAACAACUCAUUACACCUCCUUCAACAAGCCUGUCACAGCAUGUGUUGAUCAAUGAAGUGAACCAAGCACUUAAAAACAUCACAACAUUUGACUCGAGGCCAGUUCAAACAACAUCUAGCUCAAUAAUGUUCUCAGAUGAACAGUAUAAUCAAGCUUGCAAAGAACUUUUAUCGCCCCAGUUGGACGAAAAGGAUGGUUGGGAAUAUUUCGUCGAGUCGAACGAUGUCACAAUCUACAGGCUUAGAAAUGAGACGUCCGGGUUGUACGAGUACAAGAUCUAUGGCUACAUGAAGGAUGUACAACCUGACAUCUGUGCCAAAGUCUACAUGGACACAGAAUAUAGGAAGAAGUGGGACAGUUAUGUUAAUGAGUUGAAGAUAGAGAAGACCCUGGACCAGGAAGUGAUCUACUGGAACAUCAACUACCCGUUCUUCAUGUCAAACAGAGACUAUGUGUUUUCACGAGAACUACGUGAGAUUGACUAUGAAAAUAACAAGAUUUGGGUGGUCCUGGCAAAGAGUGCGACCUCGGCAACGUUCCCUGAGCAGUCCGGUGUCAUCCGGGUCACGGACUAUUUCCAGAGUGCUGCCCUCAUGACUGAUGGCCAGUCUGGAACUAAAGCAUUUAUGCAUUACUAUGACAACCCUGGUGGUAUGAUCCCAACCUUCCUCAUCAACUGGGCAGCCAAGACUGGUGUGCCCCAGUUUCUAACGAUCAUGCAGAAAGCUUGCCGUGGGUAUGACGAUUAUCUACAGAAGGCUUCCAGUUGACAUCCUCAUCAUCAUUAGAAACUAUCUAGUUCAGCAUACUGAUCGGUGCAUUUUUUAACAUGCUGCAUCAGUUUAUUUAUUUUAUUUUUUUCAGAAUUUGGCCAAAUAAAAUAAUAAAUGUUUUCAUGGCUCACAUUGUUUAUUUCAUAAAAAUAUUUUUUGAAACAACAGUUUCAACAAAACUACAAGCAAUACAUUCUUUAUUUUUUUAGGAUACCGAUAUGUUGUUUUCAGUCAUAUUAAACAUUUAUGAUAAUUUGUAUUUUGCUGAUAAAUAACUUUUUUAUCAAAUGUAUUUUAUUCAAAAUUUAGUAAAAGCUCAUCCAUACUUUAAAUCAAAUACAAUAUUUAGAUUAUCAAUAUAUUUACUUUGGCAAAGUUUAUUGUUGACUUAUUUUUACAAAUGUGAGAAUAAAUUGGUCCAUUGUAACAGUAAUAUGCAAUAUUAAGGUAUGUGAUUUUAGAAAAUGGUCUAUAUAAGAAAAUGAUACUUUUGUCAAGAUCACAGAUCAGUCCCAGAUAAGCACUACUGUUGCUUUGAAACAUGCAUUAAGGUUGAUGAAAGGAAGAUUCAUGUGGCUCAAGCAUUUAAAUUUCACAUGAUAAUGUAAAUGGGCAUUAUCGACCUUGUUUAAUUUCAAUCCACUUGUCAGAAUGUUCAUUUACAAUUGUUUGUUUCUGAAUAUGAGGUAUUUUUAAGAUGUAAGAAUAUAGGUAGGUAGAAAUAUAUUUUUUUCAUUUUUAAGAAUUUUAAAGCAUUGAAAUCAAGAAACAACAAUCUGCCAUGUCUGUACUUUAAAUCACCAUGAUAUUCUUUCCAGGUGCUUGAAUGAAUAUUUUAUUAAGUCUGCAAAAUGAAUAUUUCCAUUUUAGUUGUACAUUACAUCAGAAUACAGAUUGUCAUUUGACAUCAUAUCAUUGUUAUGCAUUUUGUUGAUGUAUUUCAUAAAGACAUGCAAAUAUUUCCAAGUGGUUUAACAUUUAAGCAUUACAGAGUACAUUUUAUGCUUACACAUAUGUACUAGUGUCAAAGUAGCUACGAGGUAGUGACUGUCCGGAGUGUUAUUGUGAUCUUAUUCCUUGUAAUUGUGAUAUAUUAAUAUAUAAUAUUGCAUGUUUAAUGUGUGUUUUAUAAAACAUUAAAAGGUCCGCAAUUUCUGUUAUUUGGAAUGUAAUGAUUCCAUGAAGAAUUUGAGAAUAUAUAUAUUUUUAAUAGUGUAUUUUGUUAGAUUCAGUUUUCACACUAGAAAACAGUAAAAGAGAAUGUGAUGAAGUAUAUUUGCUAUUGUGUGUAUUUUAUAUCACUGCCAUUGUAAAGAAUCGGUACAUGAAAGCCAUCCGCAGGCUAGGCCAGUUGUAUGUGUACCAUGUUUGUUAAAAUGGUUUUAGUAUGAUGAUCACAAUGUGGAAUAAGCUAUGGUUUUGAGAAACUGAAUACAGUUAUUUACCGAGGACAAACAUUUGAACUGGUAUCUAAUACUUCCCAAUUAGAAUUAACUGUACUUUUGAAAAUUUUGCUUCAAAAGAUUUUCUUCAAAUGCAGUGGGUGGUUUUCUACAAACUUUUCACAUCCUUGUCUAACAUUUCAUCCUUAAAUAAAAUCACAAUGGCGAGAGCUGUGGCAGUUUAGAGUUGAGAAACCAUCCUGGAUAUGAGUUUGAUUCUAUUGGACUUUAUUCUAUAGGUCCGGGAGACAGACUAUUAAUCUCCAUAUAGUGGGUUUUUUAUCCAACAGGAAUGAUUCAGCAAUACUUUUUUGAGAGCUUUUCAUAAAAACAUUACAUUAAAGGGAUCUCAGUUAAAAGUGACUGUGUUUGUCACAAUGAAGUUUAACAUGUUAUAACCAAAUGGAACUGGAAACUCAGGUACACCUCGAGUCAAAGCUGCCAUGGGGAGGUUGGGUAGCCUAGUGGUUAAAGUGUUCACUCAUCACGCUGAAGUCCUGGGUUUGUAUAUAUUGUCAUGGGUACAAUGUGUGAAGGCCAUUUCUGGUGUCCCCUGCCAUGGUAUUGCUGGAAUAUUGCUAAAAGCGGCAUAAAACCAAACUCACUCACUCAAAUCGGCCAUCACUGGAAAGUGUUGUGACCUAUAUUACAUUCUUUGUUGUGGGAAGCAUGCCAGUUUUACAAUUAAUCUGAGGUUAACAAAUUUUUGUUGAUUUUUUUUAUCUGGUUUGUUUUGUUACAGUUUUGGAUGGGAUCUAGGGUAGCCCACUCAUCUAAGAGUUGCUUCCCUUGGUCACAUCAGAAUCCUAUGAUCAUGGGGUUGAUUCUCGGUUUAUCAACACCACAUCCUGCUAAUGAGUUUCAACAAAGUGGUAAACAUCAUUUUAAGCUGUGAAGCCCAUUUCUGGUGUCCCUCGCAGAGAUAUUGCUGGAAUAUUGCUAAAAGGGGUGUAAAACCAUACUCACUCACUCAUUUUCGGCUGACAUGCCGAGAUGUAGCUGGAAUACUGUUCAAAGACAUAUUAAAGCAAAGUCACUCACUCACUCUGGUUCCUAGGGAUGUGCAUCACUGAUACAGAUCAAUGGUGUGUUCAAUUUCAACUCUAUAAUUCACUCGCAAACCAUCUCAUAAUUUAAAGUUUAUCUGUCACCUUUUCAUCAACCUCCCAUUCCUAUAUUUUCCAUCUUGUUGUCAGUGAUGAUGCUCAUGAAUGUUUAUUGUCGGAGUGUUUUUCUUUCUGUCUGUAUGGUCCCCUGCCGUGAUAUUGCUGGAAUAUUGCUAAAAGUAGCGUAAAAUCAUACUCAGUCGUUCAGUCAGUCUAUCUAAAUGUUCAUGGACUAUAAAGAAUAUAAUAUUUGUAUACUAGUAUAUAUAUUGUCUUGAAAAGUUGUUGAUUAUUAAUACUUUAUGUUAAACUAGAGUUUGGCAAUGUUAAUAUAGUCAUAUAUAGUUAACAUAUGUGGAUAACUGGCAAUGUUAAUAUAGUCAUAUAUAGUUAACAUAUGUGGAUAACUGGCAAUGUUAAUAUAGUCAUAUAUAGUUAACAUAUGUGGAUAACUGGCAAUGUUAAUAUAGUCAUAUAUAGUUAACAUAUGUGGAUAACUGGCAAUGUCAAUAUAGUCAUAUAUAGUUAACAUAUGUGGAUAACUGGCAAUGUCGAUAUAGUCAUAUAUAGUUAACAUAUGUGGAUAACUGGCAAUGUUAAUAUAGUCAUAUAUAGUUAACAUAUGUGGAUAACUGGCAAUGUCGAUAUAGUCAUAUAUUGUUAACAUAUGUGGAUAACUGGCAAUGUCAAUAUAGUCAUAUAUUGUUAACAUAUGUGGAUAACUGGCAAUGUCAAUAUAGUCAUAUAUUGUUAACAUAUGUGGAUAACUGGCAAUGUCGAUAUAGUCAUAUAUAGUUAACAUAUGUGGAUAACUGGCAAUGUCGAUAUAGUCAUAUAUUGUUAACAUAUGUGGAUAACUGGCAAUGUCGAUAUAGUCAUAUAUUGUUAACAUAUGUGGAUAACUGGCAAUGUCCAUAUAGUCAUAUAUUGUUAACAUAUGUGGAUAACUGGCAAUGUCAAUAUAGUCAUAUAUUGUUAACAUAUGUGGAUAACUGGCAAUGUCAAUAUAGUCAUAUAUAGUUAACAUAUGUGGAUAACUGGCAAUGUUAAUAUAGUCAUAUAUUGUUAACAUAUAUGGAUAACUGGCAAUGUUAAUACAGUCAUAUAUUGUUAACAUAUGACUUAUAUAUGUGGAAACUUUAGAUGAAGAAUACAAAGUGAAACAUUCUGAUCGUAUAUGUGAAGUGGGGCAGCCUAGUGGUUAAAACAUUUGCUUGUCACACGGAAGACCGGGGUUCGAUUACCCAAGGGUACAAUCUGUGAAGUCCAUUUCUGGUGUCCCAGACAAUGCUGUAAUAUUGCUAAAACCAGAGUAAACUCAUACUCACUUAGUCUUAUUGUAUAUUGGUGCAUCCAUUUGAUUUUAUCUGGGGGCGGAAAAUUAUUUUGAGAUCAAUAUAUUUUCCCCUCUAUGUCAAACAAAAUGUUUAUUUACUGAGCAUCAUCAAUCUUUUUUUAUCUUUUACUGCAAAUUAUUUUUACAUUUGGAUGUUUCCCAUUAGAAUUUAUUUUGUAAUAAAUUGAUUUUUAAAAAAUAUGGUUAUAGAUAACUUGAAUUAAAAAAUCAAACAAACCUUUCAUCUCCUGAACUAUUUAUUAUUCACAUGGGAUAGUGAGCUUUAAGUCACACAUGUGACUGAGAUUUUAGUCACACAUGUGACCGAGUGCUUUAAGUCACAUGUUACAUGUGAGGUUUUAGUGACAGAUGUGCCAUCGAAUGAUGCUUGCAACAAGUCACAGAUCAUGUUGCAGUGUAUAACUUAUUUUUAUUGGAUGUCCUCUUGUUUGUUGUCAGUGAGCAUGUAAUCCUAUUAUCCUAUGGUCAUGAUAUUUUACCUUUAUUGUAGAUACCAGUGCCAGUAGUUUUCUGUUUGUGUGCAUGAAGAAUAAACAUUCCUAUGAUGACAA